UUUCAGGAAUUAAAGUGGAGCGAUAACCCAGAUAGAUAGAAAAUUCAAAAACAUUUAGAAUAUCUCCAAGAAUUAAAAUGUACUUGGCAACUCUCGAGUAGAUGUUCCUCCUAUACAAGUCAACAAAGUUGCACAUCAUUAGUUGGCAGAAUGACGAGUACAAGGAAGGUCUAGCUCGUUCACAUAUUGGACCAUGUGAAGCGUGGUUGGAGGGGUCAGAGGAUUUGUUAUGUGGCUCUGUGUGUUCAGAGACGCUGAAAGAUUAUAUUGUGACUAUUACAUUGGCGACCAAACCGUGCUUUUUGCACUGGGUCGCACAGAACGUACGACCAGGCUUGCAUAGGAGGUAGCUCAGUCAAAUGUAAGGCAUAGCCGAGGACGUAUCACGCGUAGUGAGUGAUGAGAUGGGAUAGUCUGUUUGAGUUCACCACAGAGCGAGCAAUAGAUAAGAAGAUUAACAGGAAGCGCCAGCUUCUCUCGUGUGUGUGCUGGCACUAGAGAGGAACAAGAGAAAUAUCAUCAAGAGCACUACAACUGUCAAGAUCGUGCAGACGAGUGUUGCGGGUUCUGAACCGCCUGAAGACAAUUUCUAAUUACUACCGCAUGCUUAUACUAAGUGAUCAAAGAAGAAAAUCUGUUCACACAGAUGAUUGCGUCGAGUGGUCAAUAUUGAUCGCCGUAGCAGUAUAAAUAACCGAGCCCUUGGACAGGUUUGACUGGUGCAGCGACAUCAUAAAAAACCUUCUGUGCUCUGCAGUUUUCUAAACCGCGUCAGCAUUACACGACAAUUGUCAGGUUAGACUUGGUAGAUUAGUGAUUC